UUCAGUACUGCUACGGCACCAGCUCUUUCUCUCUCUCGUUUCUUUUCACCCCCGCCAGCAUCGGCAUCACCAUCUCCACCGCCAUCACCAACACCGACGAAACUUUUAAACAUCGGUUCGUAUUCGAGCUCAGUUGCACUCGUGAGCGUUCAAAGUGUCACGACGCUUACCUUCAUCCUAUUUUAUUCUUCUCUCGUUCGUUUCGUUUACCUGUACUGUGAUUGUGUAUUCUUAUUCUAUUGAGAAUUAUAUAUAUAUGUAAUAUAAAUAUAUACUCAAAAUUACUGUACUCUUACGUACAUUACGUACCGCGAUCAUUGUUAACUCCGUAAUACAAAUAAUUAAACUCGUUCAAUCGGAUUUAAUAUCGCUAAAUAUAUAUUUUUUUUUUUGAAACAUUUCUUAACAUUUAUUGUAAUUGUAACGCAGCUGCCUUUACUACCACACCAUUAAUGUAUACCUAUACAUAUACAUAUACAUGUAUAUAUAUUUACUACUCCAUAACAUAACAACGACAAUACAAUUCAAAGAACGAACCCCGUCAAGCUUCUCUUAAAUAACUUUGCCAAGUACAAAGAAAUUUUUUUCUCGGACUUCUUUUUUCAGUCCCAUUGACUUUGACACAAAGAAUGCAGGGUAAAAAAAUUUUGUCCAAGUAAUAAAGUGUAAGUGUAUAUACAUAUUGGAGUUAAGUGGAUUGGAGUAGUAUAGUGCAGAGUGGACAAUUAAGUUUAUAUGAAUGGUUUUUAAGUUUACAAGUGAAGUAUAUUUGUAUGAUCUAGUUUAAAAAUAUAUGUAAAUAUAUAUACAUACUGUAAAGCAGAGCAACAGUUAUGAAAUCAACGGACACGCCAGAUCUCAAUAUAAAGUCCACAUGUGCGCAAGUUAUGUGUCGUCUUGGGAGCUUCAGGAAUUUACGGACCAGCAACAGGCAAACGAAAAUGUUAUUGAAGCCGCGUAGGAGGUAAACAUUUUAAUGAAAAAACGUCUGGAGGAAAAAAUUAACCGCCAGGGUACGAAUGCUCCGGACUCCCAUGUGCUGAUGUGUUUUAUUAUUUUUUAUCGCAGUGUAGUGUAAUUUCUUAGUCUUCAUGUUUUUUUAAAUGUAAUUUAAAAUAUAAUUACUGGUAUGAUUGUUGGUGUCGUUUUUUCAGGACUAAAUGCUUCCUUGGCCUUAUUAAUUGUGCUCGGUCUCAAAUGCGUUUUGAUACCUUUUUUAAAUGGACUCACUACAAAUAUACGUAUAGUUCCGUUGUCUUGGAACAACAACUCGAGGCCAUUCAACAUCACGGCUACUAUACCACCUCCUUCUAUUCAUGUAUUUCAUAGUAGAAUGUGACAGACUAAGACAUGCCGGUGCUCCUGCUUGCUGCUUACUUACUUACUUACAUACUUACCAGUUACAUUAGAGUGGACUACUCCGUCGUAAAUAUAACGAGUCAUUGCUAGUUGUAGUGCAGUGUAUAUCAUAUUUUUUACACGAGAUUUAUUAUUUUAUUUUAUUUUUUUUAAUGUUUCCGCUUAGUGUAUGUGACGUUCACCAUGUAAUCGUUGGUUGGGUGAUUAUAUCUAAAGGCAACCAGCUCAGAUGUUGCAUUGCGUGUUGCUAGUUUUUAAUCAAUGCAAGUGGCUGGUAUAAGUACACUUACUGGGAUUAAUAAUACAUGUUUUUGUUGCUGCUGUUGAUGUUAUUAUUGUUGUUAAUAGAUGAUAGUGGAUGUUGAAUUGAUGUGAUGAAACCUUUUUGUAGUGAUUACAUGAGGAAGAUUUAUCAAGAAACUGAAACUUCAGCUAUAUUGGCGAGGAAACGAGAGAGCGGGCUACCGCUCGCAUUUCCGUGUCUGUCGCGCCAGCGACAUUCAACUUUAUUUCAUAAUAAUGACGAGAUGAUUGCUCAGCUGGCGGUGAUGGGCGGCGGAAGUGGCGGGAACGGCGGUGGGAGCCGUGUCAGUCGUGGCGGGCUUACUUUGCACAGAUCAAAUUCCAGUUUAGAAUUGCCCCACAGUCCAGAACGCUCUGGACGUGUGACUGAUGCUCAGCCACUUCGACGGGAGUAUGGAUCCCACGGCAGCAUCGACGUGGUUGCCGGACAGUGUAAUCCAGCAAGCGGUAAUACAACAGGCGAGAACAUCUUUGCGAUGCUUCAAGACUUUAGAAGUGGACGUUCUUCGGCGGAUCGUCUUUACCCGCAUCCUCAUCAUCAUCACCACCAUCAUCAUCAACACGCUGCUGGUCUCGACUCAAGUAUUUUGAAUGCGGGCGGUGCGUCAACUGAUGAAGUUUGUGGGCCAACAUCUGCAUCAAGUCCUAAAGUUCGAUUAAAAAUAAAUCGUCUUUGGGGUGGCAAAGAAAGCCCACCCACUGGUGUUUCAACUCCUGCUACAGUUGUGUCGAGUGAUCUUGAAGAACGUCAUCGACGUAGAGCAUUUGUUCAUUACGACACGCAGUCAUUGACCGCUAAUCUCGGUUACGCGGCUAAAUUACGCGGGAUACUACUGGCUAGACGUAGAAAUACGGCCACUGGAGCGUCUGCUGCUAGUACUAUAAGAGCACCCACGCCUGACAAUGAUUCACCCGAGGGCAAUGAGGUGGCUGAUGAUCCCGGCGACGGUAAAAGUAAUGAUUUACUUGAGUCAUGUCCGUUUUUUCGUAAUGAAAUUGGCGGUGAAGGAGAACGUGAAGUGGCACUGGCAAGAUCACCUAGUCCUACUGUCGGUGCUCAUCGGCCUUCGUUGUCUUAUGGAGUAUCUGUACUUGAACCAAUGCCCGGUGAAACACUUUGGAAGCACACUUGUCCUCUACGUAAAAGACUCUUGCCGAUUGAAAGUAUCGACGAAGGCGCACGUUACUACAGGAAAUAUUUUUUCGGCAAAGAGCAUCAAAAUUGGUUCGGUAUGGACGAGCAACUUGGCCCAGUGGCAAUAAGUAUUCGCAGAGAUGGCAAUCAUUACCGUAUAAUUGUACGUACAUCCGAAUUACUCACUCUCCGAGGGUCAAUACCCGAAGAAGCCCUAGGAUUACGUACAAAUCAAGGAUCUCGAAUACCAACGCGAGAAAUAUUAGAACUCGUCGCGCCGGAAGUACAACUGGGAUGUCUACGAUUAGGAACGCCCGCAGCUGAAGAAACUCUUGCUAGACUAGAUGAGCAGGGACUCUCAAACCGUUACAAAGUUGGAGUUCUUUAUUGUCGCGCUGGUCAACGGACUGAAGAAGAAAUGUACAAUAAUCAGCAUGCCGGGCCAGCAUUUCUUGAAUUUUUAGAUACAGUCGGUCAACGAGUUAAGUUACGAGGUUUUGAAGGUUACAAAGCUGGUCUUGAUACUAGGACAGAUUCAACGGGUACUCAUGCUGUUGCCGCAACUCACAGAGGAUCUCAAUUAACAUUUCAUGUAGUAACAAUGCUACCAUUUACGCCAAAUAAUCGACAACAAUUACUCAGGAAACGUCAUAUCGGUAAUGAUAUCGUAACUAUUGUAUUUCAAGAGCCAGGCGCAUUACCAUUUAGUCCACGAAGAAUAAGAUCACAAUUUCAACAUGUAUUUAUCAUCGUACGUGCUAUCAAUCCAUGUACUGAUAACACACAGUACAGUGUCGCAGUAUCACGUAGCAAAGAAGUGUCUAUUUUUGGGCCACCAGUACCGCCAGGUGCAACAUUCAAUAAAGGCAAAUCAUUUGCUGACUUUAUUUUAGCUAAAGUAAUAAACGCUGAAAAUGCCGCCCAUCGUUCAGAAAAAUUUUCGACAAUGGCGACGAGAACCCGUCAGGAAUAUUUAAAAGAUCUAGCUGUCAACUAUUCAACCACCACAAUAAUUGACACUGGACAAAAAUUUUCCAUGCUGUCAUUCAGUAGCAAAAAAAAAGUUCCAGUCCGUCCGCGGUUGGCCUGUGAUGCCUCACAACGCGGCGCGAUCUGUUGGCAAGUUAUUUUAGAGGAGAGUAAUCAAAAUACCGACUGUUAUUUGGGUAUAUCAGUAGAUACUAUUGUACUAAUUGAAGAACACUCAAGGCAAACUGUUUUUGUGUCUCCCUGCAUAAAUGUCUUGGGCUGGCAUGCCCAAACUAAUAGCUUACGUUUGUAUUAUCAUCAAGGUGAGUGCAUCAGUAUUCAUGUACGACCUGAUUAUUCAGAGAGAGAUGAAAUUAUGGAGAUAGUAGCGCGUCUGCGUGCAGUAACACAGGGGUCACCGGCAUCGGAGUUAUCACUGAAGCGCAAUUCCUUAGGGCAAUUGGGUUUUCACGUCCAACCAGACGGUGUUGUUACCCAGGUUGAGCCAAUGGGCUUAUCAUGGCAAGCGGGUCUAAGACAGGGUUCGCGUCUCGUUGAAAUUUGCAAGGUUGCUGUGUCGACCCUGAGUCACGACCAAAUGGUUGAUUUGCUUAAAACUAGUGCCCAAGUAACGGUAACUGUUAUACCCCCAACAAAUGAUGGACAGCCACGUCGUGGUUGCUCGCUACAAUCUUGUCAGUAUUUAUCAACAAAUUAUGAGAGUGACUAUGAGAAUGUUAAUUCUGAAAAUGUGCCGAGUCAACAGAUGGCUCAGCAAGUUCAUCAGACGAAAAAUUAUGAGCGGUCUACAAGUCCACCGAGAUCAAGCAACAGCUCUGGUUACGGUACUGGUUCUAGCUCCCGGUCAUUCAAUGAUCCGCGAUUUAUUCAAGAGACUACAUCACUAUCAGUUAAUAAUGUAAAUACUAAUGCUAGUGGUAGUGCUGGUGCUAGUGGUAGUGGAGGUACUGCUGCGACUGCUAGUACUUCUGGUAAUACCAGCAGCAGUCAUAACACUGAUGAACGAUGGUACGAUUUAUUUGAAGCUCCUGAGCAAGAUGCAAGUCAUCGCAUUGACGGGACUCCGCCGCCACCUUUACCCGCCAGACAAAAAGAACGCAAUGAAUUGCAUGGAAAAUCAACAACUGAUCAAUUAAAGCAUCAUCACGAUUACUACUCGAAAGAAUCGAAUUACGUUUCCCCGCGUGUCAUUCAAGAGAGUAAUUAUCAGCGGCUUGAUGAAGCUAAUCGUAGUAAUACUAAUAAUAGUAGCAGUAACAGUAAUAAUAAUAAUAAUAGUAGUAGUAGUAAUAAUAAUAAUAAUAAUAAUAAUAAUAAUAAUAAUAAUAAUAAUAAUAAUAGUCAGGAAGAUCCAGCUGCUAAUUAUGCUAGGAUACAAAAAGAUCAUGGCUACUGGUAUGGAUCGAAUCAUGGACAUCAAAAACAAUCUCCUUCAAGUUCAUUACCGUUAAACCAUCAAAACUCUGGUUACAGUUCAAAACCCGUAGCUCCGAGCAAUGGGAUUCGUUACAAUGAACAAGUUAAUGGUAAUGAGCUUGGUACUGUUUAUGACAACGAACCGAGUCGUGUUUUACGGAAGCCAAAGAACGAUUUUGAAACGAGAGCAAGCGAAUGGGAUCGCGGAGGCAGCGGUGUUGCAACUGCUGGUAUUAUUAAGAAUGAAAAUUACCAAGAAUCAAGACCUGUUGAUAAUUUAAGUAAUGAAUCUAACAGUAAAUAUCGAGAUCGUCAAGUCAGUUCCUAUGAUUUUGUUCCUCAUGAUUAUGAUAGAAAAAAAAAUAAUCAUAAUGACAAUAUUAUAAAUAACACAUCAGAUGUCAGUCGUAUUAAAACAUUAGGAUUAAAUUACGAUGUUAAUUUAUCGCAACGUGAUGACAGUAUUAAUAACUCAUCAACAUCAACAUCAACAAUACGCGAACCAACACAUGAAUUUAUAAUUGGCGAAAAAGUAACGUGUAUUAAAAGUAAUUUACCUGAACGUGUACUAUCACGUAAAUUAGCACAUGAGUAUAUGAGGAAAGAUUACACGUCGUCGAGUUUACCACCCGAGGUGAGAAUAUUUGAUGGCAAUAAUUCAACAUCAUCAUCAUCAACAACAACAACAAUAAUAACAGCAUCAGACAUACCAACAAUGCCAAGUGAAGAUGAAUUACCAUUGAAUGCAUGUGAAAAUUCUUCACCUGCAUUACGUAGAACUGGGAAACAUCGUCCAGGAAGUGGUACCAGUAGUGGUGCCAGUAGUGCUACUUCUGUUGCUGGUGUAUCGAAUUCCAGUCCACGAAAUCAAUCACCCCGUCCUAAAUCGAUUGUUAGAAAUCAGAUUAGAAAUUCAGCGAAUUUAACCUCCAGUACUCUACAAGAAGAUCUUAUGAAAUUAAUAAAUCCUGAUUUCAUCGCUGAUGAUAAUACUGGCAGUGCCUCGAGUAAUAAUAGUAAUAUUAUUAUAAGUGAUGAUAAUUACAUCGUUAACGGUAAUAACAGUGAGAAUAAAAUAAGUAAUUUGGUAGAUAAAAAUAAUGACAUUAUUAAAAUUGUUAGUAGUAAUAAUAAUGUUAUUAUAAAUAAUAAUAAUAAUGAAGUUGAAAUACAAAAUAAAUGUAGAUCUAGAGAAAAUUUAUGCGGCAGUAGUACGACAACAUUGAGUGUAUUAACGUCAUCAACAAGACAAGAUAAUAAUUGCAAUACAAAUGUAAAUGCUGGUUCAGAAGUUAUUUUGACUAAAGCAAGACCUGCUACGGUUAUUUCAAAUACGAGCACCAACACAAGUCCAGCGCUUAGUGAAAGCAAAAUGACCAAGGAAGAAAGACUGUCACCGCGAGUUACUAAAACACAUGUGCCUUUAAAAUCAACAAAUAAUUCAACGUCUGCUGGGAGAGAUUGUAAAAAUAAUGCAGGUGACGGUGAUGACAAUGACCUGUGGGCUGCUAAUAAUAAUUACGAUGUCAGUAAACGAUUUGCAAAACAAAAUAAUCUAGAUCGGAGUGAAGAAAAAAUUUAUGAAUCAACUGGCAAUAUAACAAACACGGGUUCCAAUAAUUCGGUGAUUGAUUUACAGGGUCACCUGUCAAAUUUAGAACUGAGAGUCGCGCGGGAAACGAGAAGACGUUUGUCACUUGAAGACGAAGUCAGAAGAUUGAGGGAUGAAAAUCGUAGAUUACAAGACGAAAACCAUGCGGCUGCACAACAAUUGAGGCGAUUUACCGAGUGGUUUUUUCAAACUAUUGAUCAUCAGUAAUUUAUAUAUUUAUUAUUGAUGAUUUUAUUGGAUAUAAAUUUAAUAUUUUUCAAAAUUUUAAAUUUAUCUAUUGUUAAAAUUUAAGGAAAUAAAAUUUAUUUAAUUACGCAGGGUAGAGGUACCAGUUUUGGACACUUGAAAAAUUAAAAUAAAAUACGCAUUGAUAUAUUUUAUUAUUUCCAUGCGUUCAAAAAUAUUUUUAUCACCCUUAUAAUGGAAAUUUUAUUUUAUACUUUUUCAUUAAUUUAAAAUAAGUAUUAAAUUUCCAAAUAGAGCAGUGGCCUUGUGGUACUUCUACCCUACUUGAAUUAAGAUGAUAGUAAUUUAUUUGAUAAGAAUUUCUUUUUUUUUUUUUUUUUUAUGACAAAAUAUUAAUACAUUAUGCAAUUGAACUGCCAACGCCGAUAAAAUGUAUUGUUUUUUUUUCUAUACUAUAAAAAAUUUCCGGAGUGAACGCGGAUUAAAUCCGGAGUGAGUGCGGAGCCGACUGUUUAUUUAUUUAAUCUCCUGGGAGUGAAAUUUACUUCAAAGCGGAGUUUAUUUUAAUAUUAAAACUCUGAAUCGGAGUGAAAUAAAGUCCAGAUCACUCCAAAAUCACUCCGCUGAAAAAACAAACUCUCUAUUUACUCCAUAUCCGGAGUAAUUUUUUUUAAACUCCGAAACUCCGAGCGACGGAUUUGAAUAAAAUCCGUAAUCACUCCUGAUUUUUUAUGGUGUACUUUUGUUAUACCAACUAAAUAUAUAUUUUUUAUAAUUAUAUAAAAAUUAUAAAUUAAUUUUUUUUGUUUACGGGCCAAACUUAUUUUAUUUUCUUUUCGUUAAAAUACGUAACGAGUUAAUCGUGCGUUUGCAGUAUUAAAAAAAAAUAUUAAUUAUAAAUUUAUAAAAAUAAAUUAAUAUUUACGUAUUCAAGAGUGCUCAUGAUUAAUAAAUAAAUAAAUGAAUGAAUUUAAAAAAAUAAUAAAUAUAUUUCAGUACCAUAAUUGAUGCGUUUGUAGCACGCGACAAACUGACCAAAUAUAUUUAGAUAACUAAGAAUAAAUAAUUAUAAAUAAAUAUUAAUAUUAUUAUUAAAAAAUAAACAUUAUUUAUCUUUUAUAAUUAUAAUUAACUUUUAUAUUACGAUACUAGUUGCCUUAAAAAAAAAUAUUUGUAAAAAUUUAAAAUAUAUUAUAUGUAUUUUUUAUAUUUCGGCGUACAAUUGUUAUGAUUAAUAAUAAUUAUAAAUAUACUAAGUGAUAAUUAAUUAAUUAAUUAAUAAAUAAAUAAAUGACUUGUAAUAACUGAUCCCAAAUAUAUAAGUGAAGGAUAUUUAAAAAUGUGUACCAUUUUUAGAAUAAUAAAAUAGUUUAUUGUAAUCCACAGAGAAAAAAAAAGAGAUAAAUGAAGAAAAAAUAAACAAAUGUCUUGUAAUUUUAAUUAAUGCCUUACAUUUAUCACUACUGUAGUUUUAGUGACAACACUGAAAUUACAUUUUUUUAAUUGUAUAUAAUUAAUAAUUAUUUUAGUUUAUCAAGAUCUCUAUGGAGGACAUUUAUGAGUAUGGAUUGCAUUAGGAAUUUUAAGCAAUUAGGAAUUAUUAUUUAAUUAUUAUGUUGUAAUUUAUUAUUAUUAUGGAUAAAUUUUAUUAUUAACUGUUACUGUUUAUCAUAAAUUACUAUUUUCAAUUAAUGGAUGGGUCUAUUUUUUAUCAGCAAUAUUUUUCGCUGAAUAAGUUGAUUUUAUUAA